CGGUGCCUGCGCCUGAAUCUCUAGCACAGGAAAGAAGCCGAGCGCUGAGGCCCGCGGCGCGACGCGUAGAUUAGCGGCGCCGUCGGCCCCGGAGGCGGAGCCGGAAGCUCUACGGUUUGACCCCCGAGCCCCUCGGUUUUCGUAGGGGCAGUUGUCUUCCUUGCGACCCGCUCCGCCUCCUCUCCUUCUUCCCCCUUGCCCGGAGGCCUCAGCCUCCGGCCAGGGCUGGUCGGCGCAGCCCAAGCUCCCCGACCCGGAAGAAGCGCCAUCUCUCGCCUCCACGAUGGAGCCCACCGCGCCGUCGCUCACCGAGGAGGACCUAACUGAAGUGAAGAAGGAUGCUUUAGAAAAUUUGCGAGUGUACUUAUGUGAGAAAAUCAUAGCUGAGAGACAUUUUGAUCAUCUGCGUGCAAAAAAGAUACUCAGUAGAGAAGACACUGAAGAAAUUUCUUGCCGAACGUCAAGUAGGAAAAGGGCUGGAAAAUUGUUAGACUACUUACAAGAAAACCCGAAAGGACUAGACACCCUUGUUGAAUCUAUUCGGCGAGAAAAAACACAAAACUUCCUGAUACAGAAGAUUACAGAUGAAGUGCUAAAACUUAGAAAUAUAAAACUAGAACAUCUGAAAGGACUGAAAUGUAGCAGCUGUGAGCCUUUUCCAGAUGGAGCCACAAACAACCUCUCUAGAUCAAAUUCAGAUGAGAGUAAUUUCUCUGAAAAACUGAGAGCAUCCACUGUCAUAUAUCAUCCAGAAGGAGAAUCCAGCACGGCCCCCUUUUUUUCUACUGAUUCUUCUCUGAAUUUGCCUGUUCUAGAAGUAGGCAGAACUGAAAAUACCAUCUUCUCUUCAACUACACUUCCUAGACCUGGGGACCCUGGGGCUCCUCCCUUGCCACCAGAGCUGCAGUUAGAAGAAGAAGGAACUUGUGGAAACUCUAGUGAGAUGUUUCUUCCCUUAAGAUCACGUGCUCUUUCACCACAAUGACAGUUUACUGCCUUUUAAUUUUUUUAAUAAUGACAAGAAAUGUUUUAAAGGCUAUGAAGCUUUUUAUAAAAUUGCUAUAAUGAUUUAUUUACAUUUAAUACAUGUCUUUUAAAGUACAAUGUAAGCAUACUUUGUAAAUAGAAUUUUUAGAAUAAAAGAAGCAUACUUUAAAGUAGCUAAAUGUAAAUCAUGUUGAUCGUGUACUUUUCAGUAUUUUCCAUUUUUCUUUUUUUAGGUGUUUCUGUGUUUUCAAAUAUUUUAAAGCUAAUUUUAAUAGGGAAUAUUUCUCUAUUUGAGAAUAGACUCUUUAGGCUGGGAAUAAUGUUUCUUCUUAGUGUAGUUGUGCUAGAAAUUUUCGGAGUCUAAUAGUCCUUUCCAACCAUUCAGCAGCACAUUUUCAGCAUUAAGCUGUUCGUAUUCAGUAGUAAAUCACUGAUGGGAAAACUGCCAAUAUACAGAAAAAAAAUCUGUUUCCCACUCCACUGGUCUUAUAGGCACUGACAGGGUCUCCUUCUGAUGCUGGAGUUUGAGCCACCUAAGACCUCAGUUUGCGAAAAUUCAUUUCUUAUUAACCUUACUAAUUAAUACUACUUUUUCAGGAUUUUCACAUUCUUUGCUUUAUCAUUUUCAUUCUUUAAAAUAUCUUGGCAUAAACCUCAAUUACUACAAGUAAUUUGGUGGGGUUUAAAAAAAUAUUUUCUCUGUACUUUUUUUUCUUUUUUAAUGAGAACCACUAUACAGUUAAAAAUAACUAGAACAAACUGGUUUUGGGGUGUGUGGCAAUUCUAUUUUUAAUACUAUUUGGAAUAAGUGAGCCAUUAGCCAGAUUUAUUUUUUUGUUGUGUAAUAAAAUUUGACUAAUGUUACACAUUUAUAAAUCUUAUGCUCUCAUUGUUUUCAUUUAAAUUAAAAUUCUCUUUCCUGA